AAGAAAGAUUAUAGAUCGGCAGAGUUAAACAUCUGAGCAGAAUAAGCUAAAUAGCCCCCACUGGAUUUGUAUGGACUAAAAAGAUCAUAAUUGUUGCUAUGUGUUGUUUAUUGAAUAGCUUCACUAUCGCUUAGCCAAGUAUUACCAUAUCAUAUCCUACACAACAAAGUGGAAUUUGGCAUGGUUAAUACAUUGAUACCUCGCGAUGAUAGGGCACCGGCUGGGGAACAAGCCUUAGCCCCUUAAGUGGUGUAUACCAGGACUUUAUUUAGCUACAUGUAAAGGUUUGACAUACGAUGUACGGUUUGCUCUUAGAAAGCAUCCGUCACUUUAUCGUUGGUAAAUACGGAGAGGAGCUUUGGUCGGAGAUCGUCAACAUUGCCGGGACGUCGUCACACGAGUUCGUCACUCAUCGCUUGUACGACGAGAACUGGAUCUUCAAGAUCGCUAACGCUGCCACCACUGUCCUCGGUGACCUGGACGAGCACAUCACCGUAGAUGACUGCAUGCGACUGUUCGGUGUUUGUUUCGUUAAGUUCUUUUCGUUUUAUGGUUACGACCCGAUUAUUCGCGUCAGUGGUCGUCACUUUCGAGACUUUCUUAUCGGCAUAGACAGUCUGCACGAGCAUAUGCGGUUCGGCUACCCAAAGAUGAAGUCGCCGACGUUUUACUGCGACGAAGAGACAUCUACUGGGAUCAAUCUUCAUUAUGAGUCCAGGCGCAAGGGGUUCAUGUUCUACGUUGUCGGUCAAGUGGAGGAAAUUGCCAGAAAGUUCUACGGCAUUUCCAAUAUCAAUGUCAAGAUAUUGAAGAAUGAAAGUUCCCAGAGCUCUCGUGAACAGUGUCACAUAGUGUACAGACUGGAGUUCAAUAAUGAAGGAUACAAGCCCCCACCUCCCGAUUUCCUAACCGUCGGCACCAAGAAGGCUGUCAGCACCGAGGUGUUCUUCUCCAUCUUCCCUUUUAGCCUGGUGAUAUCACCUGAUAUGACCCUGAGCAUGUUUGGCAAUGGGUUGCAGUCACUGCUCGGGAAGCUCGUGCUUGGUCGUGACAUCAGGGAAGUGUUCAUCUUGAGGAGGCCAAAGACCGAUUUCACAUGGCACACGCUUCUGACUCGUAAAGUUGUCUUCGAGCUUCUUUCCAAAGUUCCUUUAAUACGCCGACCACAGCCCAAACACCAAGGCUCAACCAUGAGUUUGUUCAAAACUGAUACGUCAUCGAGUAAGGCAGGAAAUCAGACCCCCAAACCAGGCAAAGUUGGCGACUCAACCUUUUCUCUUCUCAAUGGAAAUACACCACCACCAGCACUGCACUUGCGCGGCCAGAUGAAGUUCAUGCACGACUGGGACAAGUUCCUCUUCAUCUGUUCCCCCUUAAUUGCAAACCUGGACACAAUGCUGCAAUCUGGUCUUUACAUGAACGACUUGAGCAUGCACGACACAUCACAAGAGAUGGCACUGUCGGGAAUCAAACCCCUUCCUCAGCUAGAGUAUGCCAGGGAUCAGCAAUUUGAACAAGGGAUAGAGCUGGAAGAGAACAUGAGGAAAUUGGAAGAAGAGAGACAGCGGAGUGAAGACCUUUUGUACCGUAUGGUGCCCAAACCUAUCGCGGAGAGACUCAAGAGAGGAGGGAAUCCUAUCGACACCUGCGAGGAGUUCGAUGCUGCGACAGUACUGUUCAGCUACAUGGACGGGUUCACUUCCAUCUGUACACGCCUCAACGCCAUGCAAGCUGUCACCCUCAUCAAUAACCUGUUUAUCAAGUUUGACUUGCUUACUGAAAAACACAACGUCUACAAGUUUGAGACCCUAGGAGACGCGUUGUACAUGGCUGUGUCCGGCGUCCCAGUCCGCACCGAGCACCACGCCGAGCCCAUGGCAGCCAUGGCUCUGGACAUGCUCAAAGCCGUCCAACUUGUCAAAGAUCCCAUCACCAAAAAGCCGAUGACAAUCACCGUAGGUAUCCACUCUGGUCCGGUAGCUGCCGGACUUGUUGGAGAGAGGACGCUGCAGUAUUGUCUGUUUGGAGACACAGUUAACAUUGCGUCUCGGCUCAGGACAACUGCCUUGCCAAUGAGGAUACAUAUCAGUGAAAACUGCAGAGAAUGUCUUGAAGAGAGUGACUUUAUCACCGAGUUUCGCGGAGAAAUAGAACUAAAGGGGAAAGGGAAAAUGCGAACUUUCUGGUUGACUGGGAAAACGUUACAAAAAGGAAAGUAAAAAAGUCAUUCAAAUUGACUAUUUACAAUUCUUUAUUAUGUAAAGAUGUACAUUGUGGAUAAUUUACACGUAUUAAUUCCACUCAUGAAUAUUUCACAAAUGACGAAAAAUUGUCAGGGGAGUAGAUUUGAUGCAGCUAACUCAGACCCACUGUUUGCAGUUCCUCAAACCAAAACCCUAAUGCCCCCUAGAGAUAGAUGGAUUCUUUUCUCAGAACCAUCUAUUGUUUUCGAGGGAAUUUCGUUUAGUAAGCUUCCUUAAAAAAACAAUGAACACAAGCACGUAGUUUCUUCAUCUAACGAGAUAGCAGCAGAACACAAGACUAAAACAGUGUAAAUUUAAUUGAGAUGUUUCAGCUCAAUGGCUUGAAAAAUGAGAAAUUUGCAUCACUUCUUUAAAAAAUGUAAAUACAUUCAAUAGAAAUCAAGCGGGUAUCGAAUGUCACAUCUCUCCAGUGCCAUGCAUUUUGUACGUUGAAGCUGAUGUUUUGCACUUCAAACGUGACACUCGAACCAUGUCCGACACUCGUUUUGCAACAGCUACGAGGCCGUGGCUAGGAAAUUGUGUUCAGGAGGGCAAAGCUCAGAAAUUUGUUGUAUUUGCUUCGUGGACAGACGCUAUUUUUUUAACGUCUUUUGUAAAUUCCUAGUCUACUAAGUGGGUACCUGCUUCUGGCCCUGAACUAGCAAAUUGUAUUUACAAGAGUAGACUAAUACACAAUAAGGUUAUAAGGUUAUAGCUCCGAGUAAUUGUUCUUCGCAGCCACAUUGGUGUGAUAAUCUUUCUCUUUCUCUUACCAAGCACGUGUUUUAUUACUCUGCGUAAACUAGCUUACUGCCCACGUUAAGAAACACAGAUAUUUCAUCUCUAGUGUAAACAACACAUUUGAUACUGUUGCCGAGAUAAAUAAAUUACUCCUCGGACAUAGGGCGAGUGGGAUAUGAAUAAAAAACGUACUGAGAGAUGUAUCUAGAAAGAUAUGUUUUAAAAACAUUGAAUCUAAGUUGAAUUGUGGUCCAUGAAUAAAUAGGAUAUAUAUUAGAUGUACAAAUAUCUUGAGCCUUCUACUACAAAUAAUAAAAACUUAAUUGACAUGUA